AUGUUCAAAAACGUGGGCCGGAGAGCGGAGAGAGACUCAACUCACUCGACCUCUGCCGUCAACAACGAGGAUGAUAACAUCUCUCUAGCUUCAACGGUAUCCGUGCAACACGACUCCGAUGAGGAAUUUGAUGUCGAGGACGUCCUCUGUGAGGCAGAGGGCGAUGAUGGCAAACCAACAUUUUUGGUCAAGUGGGAACGCUACCCGCUAUAUCAAUGCACAUGGGAGCCCGAGCACAACCUGGGUGAUGAACUCAUGGAGGUGUGGAGGGAGAAGAAACGGAGGCAAGAGGCUGGAGAGGAAGAGGCAUUUGAUGUGCGAGUGUUCCAUGCAGCCUGUGACAAGGCUGAGGAGGAAAAGACCGACCGUCAUCGCCGUCGCAACGCGAAGAGGAAGAAACUAGGUCUCCCGUUGACCGAGCCUUUCGAUAGCUCAAGCUCAGAAUCAGACCUAGACAAUGUCAGGGUCGAGUUUUCUGGUGAAUCCAGCGACGAAGCUUUGGAACGAGACGAGCCUAUCUCCAAGGACGACCAAGAACCACGCUUAACCAAGAAGAGUAGUACGCGCCCGCAAUCAGAGACAAAGCCCCAGCAAAGAUCAUUCAAAGGCAUUGCUCAGCCUGUACUGAAAUCGGUCACGGCCACCGCCACUACACGAAAAUCCAUGUCUCUCGAACCCAAACCUAAAGCCUCGCUAAAAUCUAGUUCCGAAGCCCCGAACAGGCCUUCCGCGCCGCAACCGUCGUCUUCCAAACCUCGACCUGAACGGAAUAUUGUGUCAACAACUGGCUACCAAGGAACUGCGAGGAAGCCUGUGGAUCGACCACGGCCUAGUAGCUCAAAUGGGUUGACUAGGCCACUGCUCCAAUCGACCCGUACCGCCCCUUCGAUUGCGUCUCGAUCUACGGCUGCUGGCGUUCGGAAACCUCUCACUGCCAAAAGAACGGCUGUUAAGAAGAACGUCAGUGUGAACAUCUUUGCUGCAGGCAAAGUCAGAAAGGCGCGGAAGAAUCUUAAGGAGGUAAUGGCAGACCAAAUCACAGCUCCAAAGCUUUUUGGGAAGCAUCGUUAUCGCCGAAUGGCCGAGAAAGGCGGCAGAGAUAAAGAGGAUCGUGCUCCCGAUCUAUCGACAGCAAAUAUCCAACUAUUCAAGAUCAAGGAAGGCCCGACAGGAAGAAAGAUCUCGGCAAGCGCAGCAUCGUCAUCAAGCACGCCUAUCUUGGCCCCAGCUGAUCAAACCACCGGGACACGGGUCGAAGCAGAAGCCGAGACCUCAGCUGGACUUGAGCUCCACUCGGACGAACCGACACCCGUGAAUAGCCAGGAACUGUCUUUUCGAUUCAAGGAUCCGCCCCCUCCCAGAAGAAAAUCUGCUUUGGCAAAAUCCAAAUCCGAUGGAGGACAGCCGAAGGAACGCAAAUCUGUCCGUUUCGUGCCUGGCCAUGAUAAGACCACAAUUUUUCAGGAACCGGAAGAGAUGGAUGUUGAUGGGUUGUUCGCUGAGCCCGACCAUAUAACGCCAACCACGCCCACAAACUCGACACCUCACCAGCGUAUGCCCAGCCCAGAUCCACCGCCUGCCACUGCUUCUGCCAGCGAAUCUGAUGACGGGGUGCCCAGGGGAAACCUGAACAAGAGACUGUUGAUCAGCGAGAUCCCCCCCUUCGAGGUCACAUUUCACGAUGUGCCGCGAGAUAACCAUCAGUUGUGGGCUGCACAUUUUGGCAAGCAAAAGUCUUUUGAGUUUCGACUAAGCUGUCUUGCCCAAACAGCAGUGGCACAGAUGAAGCCUCCUCUGUUCCAAAGGCGCCUGGCCAAAGGAGCUGUGACGUCUGAAAACAAAGAAGCUGUGGAGAGGCUUUCACAGCAGCUCAAGACACGACUGAUAGGUCUAUUUUAUUCAACCCGGCAUUAUAACCUUCUCAUUUAUCCCACGAAAUGUGAGGAGUGGCAAAUCCAAUCGUUCGGCCAGGAGGUAGCAACUGGCUUAACUGCAGCGCUCUGUUAUGUUAUGUUCUCCUCAGAUAUGGACUGUGGAAGUAUGCUCAGACCGCUAGACCUUCCGCUGGCGUUACCAGAGACGAAGGGAAAGGUAGUGCCUACCAUGGCGUUUCUGAUGAGUAGAUUGUACAAAUUCGAUUACGAUCAACUUUUACCAAGAAAGCCUCAAAUUCCAAAGGUACACAAGUUCUUUCUCGCUUUCCCUGAGUCGGGGACUGGGAAAGCCACCCGUUCGGUAAUUUUUCAAUGGCUGCGCUCUUGCAACCCCGACUGUCACAUAUACAUAUCAAGUCAACCUGGUUCUUGGGAUGCGUUCAGAGCCAGUGUAUCCCAGUCAUCUGGCGUUGUCAUCAUCCACGAGACGUUGAUGUGGAGUCUUCGGCGGUUCCCAAAGCUUUCCGAGUAUAUGAUCAAGAAACUCGACGAAUACUGGUGCUUUACGGAGCCAAGCGAAGCAUACCCCUUAUAUCCGUCAAUGUCGUUGCCGGAAAGCGUUCCCCCCGGGAUCGGUCAACUCAAGCGCAUAUUGCCAUUCCGUACGGCAAUCCUGCUUACCCCGAGCUUUCUCGUGUCCGAGUCUGAACACACUCGUGAGUUUCUCGACUGGUUCUUGAACCGAUGGGGUGACUCCUUCUACUAUCGUCUGGUGACGGCCUCCAAUAUCCACGAAUACCUUCAAGAUGUGGCACAAGAAAGUUUCGAUGCGCGCGAGAGGCUGUGGGAGGUGGGUCCGGGUCUUGGAAUGUCUUCCAUAGAUAUUUAUCUCGAGCUCAACCUACGAGGACAUAGCUCUGAUGAAUGCGGAUCUAGGCUCCAAGCCGCCGUCUUGGCUUCUGAACUGCACGGAAUACGCGCCAAAAAGCUCGACUCCUCCGGUGGAAUAGAUGUGGACCACAGCCCGCUCAUCUAUGCGGAUCCCUCCAUCGACCCAAAUGACGAGCAAAGCCUGGUCAACUGGUUCGGCUGGUGGUCAACCAUGCGAGCUGAUCAGUUUCGAAAGUUCCAUGUCAUCGGAUCGUGUGGUAGCAUCGGCUAUAAUAACAAGAAGGGAAUUCGAACGGUCCGCAUUCCAAAAUAUCUCAGAACAACAAUCAACGAUCCAGACGCGGUAGCAGAGGUUGUGCAGUCAGAAGCAUCGCAGAAUCUCCAGGUACCAGCACACAAACUGCCUCCCAGCGAUCCGGCAAGCGUGGCAAGCGGUUUGGAGUUGACUGGCCCUUUCCAAAGCGAUAUACUACCCAAUGACCACGGGGAGACCAUUCAAGCCUACCUUUUCAGCAACUUUGGUGCGGGGCAAUACAGAGUGCUGUUUUAUGGGUUUCCUGUGACUUGGGUUGAUCCAGACAUGGCGAAAUGCUACGACGAUUAUAUCCUCAAGAACAAAAAGACGAUCCGCGACUGGUUCAGUUACUUGUACGGGUUCAGCUAUAAAAACAACACCUACAUGGGCCUUUUUUACACCAUUUCGGACGAGUGGGAUCCCCAGAAGCCUCCACAAAAUUUGAAUCCUAGAUGGCAUCCUUGGCUUGCCAUCCUCAGGCCUGUCAACCUCCAUCACCAACCUUAUCAGGCGUGCGAGCUUAUUAUAUGGGAUCCUCUUGCGAGGAAACGGUUUCCGGGCUCAGAGGCUCCGCUAGAAAGCGAGCUUACUGACAUGCAGCGACGCGUCAUUAAACAUGUCCGUGAUAAUUGCGGUUCGAAGGGUCAGGGAAUGUACCUCAAGCAGGUCUGGCUCGGCGGGUUCGAUUACCCGCCUGAAUGUGAAUCUCGUUACCCCCUCGACAUGACGUUGAAGUUCACCAGCACAAUGCUGCAAGAUCUUAAGGAACAUCUUCCAGCACCGCAGAACCGGCUGCCGAGAAAAGGGUUCAGGAAAAUUCUGAAGGAGCACCCACCGACCAACAAGCCGAUGAAUGGUGCAAGCCUAGACAGCGACGACGACGUUCUCAUGGAUGUCGAUAACAACGACGGCUGGAACGACGAAGACGAGGAUGUGCGCAUCAUCUUCCAUCCACCCCGGGGCACCAAACUCCGCCCUGGUUCCCGCUCAAAAUGCACCAACAGGCUCUACGAGGAGGCGCGUCUCGCCAGGGCCAGGGCCGCUUCGAACCCCAGGUCCUCCUCUCCGGACCAUAUGGAGUUCAAGUUCGUCCCAACACUUCAAUGGUAUGAGGACCAAGUCGCAGAGGGGCGCGGCUUUGAACACAUCAACAUCCAGACGUGGCAAGACAUCUUCAACCACUUCCAAAUAGGAACGGCGAAGGGUAGCAAGGUGACAGCAGCAGCAGCGAAGGCUCCAGCGGUAAUGAAUCGUGGUGGUGGAGACAGAGAAGGAGAUGUUCAGAUGACCGGCUAA